UGUGUGUGUGGAGGAGGAGCUCUGGAGAGUUCUCCAGCGCGCGGAGCUGAUCUUCAGUUCAGUCCGUGAUCUGUGGAGAUGUUGGAUCAUCAGUGUGUGUCUCCGGUCAUCGAGGUCUUUAUUCCGUCUCUCAUGAGGGAAGUGGACGAGACGGGAAAAUUGCGCAAACUCUUCAGGUUGGAGAUUCUCUUCAAUGGAAGGAAACACUUUGUUUUGCGGCGACACUGUGAUUUUCAGACGCUCCACCGGAAACUGAAGAAGAUUCUGCGAGCUCCUGAUUUCCCCGGCAAGAGAAACCAGCACCUGCGAACCAAACCACUGGAGCAGAGACGACAGGAACUGGAGGACUACAUCCAGGAGAUUCUGUAUCGUUCUGACGCUGUUCCUCAAGAGCUCCUGGAUUUCCUGCAGGUCAAACAUUUUCAUUCGGCGAGCAAAAACUGCAGCUCUGAUGAAAACCAAUCAGAUGACUGUCAAGAGCAGGGAUACAGUUUUAAGUUAUUCAGUCAGCGAGUAGUUGGUUUCUCGGCUGACCCAUACCAGCUUGAAUCCAGAUCAGACCUCCCUGAUAUCGUGGUGGCCGGCGUCCUGCAGGGUUUGUACCCCAGAGACGUCAGAGUGAGUUUCAAAAAGAGCUGUGGUAAACCCAGCAGCAUCACCUGUGCACCGGAGCUGCCCGUGCAUCCCAAAAUCCCCACUAUUACCAUAAACAGAAGCAAUAUCAGCUCACUGCCAGAGUCACAGAGAAGAUGAGUGCAGUCACUGCACUGUUGCCUGGCAACUCCAUCUGCUUCGCAUGUUUAUGUCGACUGAAUUUUUCAUCAAUAGGCUUGUCAUAUUUUAUCAUGUGAAUCUCACAAAAACUGUCUAGGUCAUUUUCAUCUCAAAAGCUUAGUUAAAAAAUAAAAGACAUAUUUCGAAAGUCAACUUUACCAUGCACAUUAACUAGAUUUAAAUGUAAAUAUUUAAAGCAAUUAUUCAUCAUUGCAAUAUGUUGUACUGAAUUUAAUUUGAUAAUUUUAGUUUAUUUUUACCAUAUAAAAAUCAAGUUUUUGUGCAAAAAUCUAAAAAGACAUGUAAUUUUUUUUUUUUUGCAUUUUAGUAUUCUCUUCAUUUUUUUAGACGCCAUGCCAAACAUAAAAGGCACAAAAAUAUAGAUUUAAAUUUAAAUAAAAUCCAGAUGCAGUCAUAUAUCGUUGCAAUAUGUUGUAUUUAAUUUGAUUUAUACUUUUUUUUUUUUUUUUCCUUUACCAAAAUCUAAUUUGUGCAUAUUUUUAUUGUCAUAAACAAAUUUUAAUGGUCCUAAAAAUAUUACAUUUAAG